CUGGCAACUAUUUUUUAAAAAAGAGAAACUGUCGAUCAUUGCCCUGCUGGUUGCUUAGCAGCAGCAGCCGCCAAUCCUGUCAAAACAAACACGUGUGUGUUGUGGCUAGUGUCAAGUGGUGUGCCUUCUAUACUUGUUAGUCUAUUAUUAAAAAUCUACAAGGAAAUUGACGUGUGUAGUGCCCUCUUAGCACUGGCGUUUGAUGUCGUUGCUGGGAGGGUUUUAAACUGGUUAUAACAACGUUCGAACCUACAAGGCAUCAACUCAGUUUCUUUUGUACGUGGCAUGUUGCCCUUGACGUGAAGCAGCAACGAGAUGCUUUGUCAGGUUCUUCACCAGUGUACACGUAAACAACUGCACAUGAUAGACGAACGAAAAGAGUUGGGACAGUAGUCAUGGCCGAAGACGAAUCGACGGCCACAAAACGUGGCAGAUCUUCUUCAGAAAUCAUCAAACAAUUCAAUGUCUUGAAUGCCAAAAUAUUGGCAAUUCUUCUUGUUGGCUGCUUGUUGGGAUAUCACGGUGUGCUCAAGUUCAUGAACGGUACCGAUACAUGCCAGGGAUUGUUGACAAAAGGCAGGUUCCAAGGAAACAAUCAAUGGCAACCCUACGGCUGCAUGAUACACUCAUUUUUUCGCUUAGAUGCAGAUAACUGUUUCAGAAAAACCCGUUUCAUGACUGGAGAGGACAGUUUUUGGGCUUUUAUUGGUGACUCCAGAAUAAGACAACUCUAUUUUGAAACACUGAGACUGGUGGACCCAGACGCUGAACCCUUGGUUGUUGCAACAGACAGCAGUGGAAAUAGUUUAGAUACAUUACUGAUUGAUGAACCAUUCAGAGUCUCAGCCAUCAUGAGUAAAAAGGAGAGGAAGCAGGACGAAGAUGUCAAAUUACCUCUUCAAAAUUCCCACAAGAGCUUCAUUUACAAUAACCCGCAACUUUCGUUACGGAUCAUGUUCUUCUGGAGACCCAUCUUCAAUCAAACUACAGCCGAUUUGAUUAAUCAAUUAGGCCUUAGCAGAUCUGUUCCCCAUGUAGUCGUUGCUGGCAGCGGCUCAUGGAAUAUCAAAGGCAGCAACGGAUCUCAAAUAGUUCUAGAUGCUUAUUCACAAAAUCUCCAACUGCUAGCAAAUGCUGCCAACCACUGGCCAAACAAAAAAUCGAAACUACUAUGGAAGCUGCAGGACCGUGUCGACGGUAGCUUGUUGGAUGAACCUCGAAAAUCCCUUACCAACGAAUUGAUCGACGAAUACAAUGGAAAAGCCCUUGAGGCUUUGGAAGGCUCGCGGUUCCAGAUAUGGAAAAGUGCCCGACUGGUCACAGACGGUAUGGCCACGGGAGAAGACGGGCUACAUUUGAGUCCACCUGUUCUGAAACAUCACUCUCAGAUGCUAAUGAACAUGUAUUGCAACGAGCGAAUGGAUUUCAACGACGGCACGUGCUGCCGCUCUCCAGAAUCUGCCACCACUCUUCAGAUCGUCACUUUCACCAUCUUACUCGUGUGUUUGACUAUCUCUGGAACUUGGACGGCCUACCAAAGUUUCGAUUCGCGACUCAAGAAGCGCAAACAGUCGUACAGAUCGAUCGAGACCUUAAUGGAAGCAGAGGACAACGAAAUGGUCCAAAAAGAUGUCGUCGUCGCCAACGGCCAUUCCGUAGUUGUGGCGGAGGGAUUCGACGAGAAGGCCACAACUGCUCAUCGCAAAGCGGCCGUCAAGGACGUGGAAUCCAGUAGCCGAGUGGUAGUCACCGCAUUGGGAAAACUUGGGCUCAUCAUGGCUUACUUCUACCUCUGCGAUAGGACGACUUUCUUCAUGAAAGAGAACAAGUAUUAUUCGCAUUUGAAUUUCUGGGUGCCCGUCGGUUACGUUUUCGCCCUGGGCCUCUUUUUUAAUGAAGAGAGCCGCUCAACCAAAGUUCUGCAUCGGGAUCAAACGGACGAAUGGAAAGGAUGGAUGCAGUUGGUGAUAUUGAUCUAUCACAUGACGGGAGCCAGUCAAGUUAUUCCGCUCUAUAUGCAAAUGCGGGUCUUGGUAUCCAGCUAUCUCUUUCUCACCGGCUUUGGCCACCUGUCAUUCUUUUGGAAUGGCGGCACCGCCAGUUUCCCCCGUCUAUUUCAAGUUUUAUUUCGGAUGAAUUUGAUGACAGUGGUGAUUUGUCUGUGCAUGAAUCGCCCGUAUCAGUCGUACUAUUUCGUGCCUUUAGUCUCAUUCUGGUACCUCGUUGUUUACAUCGUCCUGGCCGUUCCGCCGAAAGUCAGUGCCGCCAUUUGCGAUGCCAAUUCCUUCGCCUACCUUUACAUCAUCAUCAAAUUCUGCACGUUGAUAGGGGCCAUCACCAUUCUCUACAUGUCCGAGGUUUUCUUUGAGACCAUUUUUCUCAUCCGCCCGUGGAAGGCUUUGUUUGUCACCAGCAGUGACGAGAUUCACGAGUGGUGGUUCCGCUGGUCGCUGGAUCGAUACAGCAUUUGUUAUGGCAUGAUCUUUGGUUUCUUGUACCUCAACGCCCAAAAGUUUGGCCUCAUUGAUGACAGCACGCGUCAGCACUUGUUGAGCCGGACGAAAAUUCGUUUUCUCGUUGUCUUGGCGGCCUUGAUUGGACUGGGCGGUUACACGGCCUUCACCAUCACUUGUCACAACAAACCCGAAUGCAACGAAGUCCAUUCCUAUUUAGCCUUUUUACCGAUUAUUAGUUUCAUUGUGUUGCGCAACGUUUUUGGACCGUUAAGAGUUCGUUAUUCCUCAUUUUUCGCCUGGUUUGGUCGCAUUUCCCUGGAAUUAUUUAUCGGUCAAUAUCACAUCUGGCUGGCGGCCGACACGCAUGGCGUAUUGGUUCUCAUUCCCAACUACCCGGUGCUGAACGUGAUGGUCACCACCUACAUCUUGGUCUGCGUAGCUCACGAAGUGCACACCAUCACUGGCCAGCUCGUGCCACUAGCCGUGCCGUCCGAUUGGAAGAAAACCAUCCGCAAUGUCUUCGUCUUCUUUCUGGCCCUCGUUCCAAUCGCCAUCCAUGACGGAAUGUUCUGAUUCCGAGGCUAGUGGCCGACUGCGGAAUCCCAUCCGCAUCCCAAAACCAAAUAAUUCCAGGGGGUUCUUCUCCCGACAAUUGAUGACGACGUUUCAAACAGUUCCCGUGAGAAUUCAUUACGCACGCAAAACGAGACCUGUCCCCGGUGCUAGUGGGUGGUGGCUCCUUAUAAAAACAAACUUACAUAUUUAUACAUUUUCUUCUUUAAGGUUGUUAUGUUGUACCAAAGUCUUGGGAGGGGGGAAACGAAGGAAAUGUGCUGUCCAAACAUGUACGCAACAAAGGGGAAAGAUGGGGGGGGGGGUGUUAAAUUUGAUUUGAUUAAUAUGAGUCAACACAGAGGGGGAAGGUUAAUAUUCCAAAAUGAUUUGAAUAUUCCGCUCACAUAUGCCGUCGGUUUUUAUGCUCCGGCGAAAGGGGAAUGAAGUUUGUCUGCGUAUUGUGUGCGUGACUAUGCGCCGUGUGUCGGGGGGGUUUCACAGUGUUUGAACGCGCACUUUGCUGAUUGGAAAGUGGCAAGGAGGAAGAAAAAAUAUGGCAGACAGCCCAUAAAUUAUGGACGCAAAGUACCAAGAAAGCCCGUUCGCCCCCCCCAGCUACUUACGUCCCUGUUCAAUUAUUGAGUUUUUUAAUUCACAUUUAUGAAGAAGAGUGAAAAAAUAGAUUGUUGAGAGAGAGAGAGUUGAUGUUGGCUAAUAUUGUGUAACGACGAACAACCGAGCGUGCCGUCAUUUCUGUUUGAUCCUCGUAAGCUUUUCUCGUGAAAAAUCGCUCCCGUUCUUUUUCCACCCUUCUCUCUGUAAUGGACAUGUGUGUUGACUGUGCCAGUGACAGACGAUAUGUAUAUUAAAAUGGAUUUAGACAUUU